AUGGAAUAUUCUUCAGCGACCUGGUCUUCCCAAGCUCCCUCCCCCGAAAAAUCAUGCGAACUCUACAUACGCGACUAUCCUCAUCGAUCCAUUGCCAUCGUGUCAUCCUCCCAUACUCUGAUUCUCCGAUAUACCACCUCCACCAGCGAAGCCAUCGCGAACGGGUCGCUUACAUCUCUUGCCGCGCCAACGAGACCUCGCGGGAACACCGGCGAAGCCUUGAUAUCGAAAUGCAUGGUCGAGUUCGCGCCCGUGUCGAAGCACCUACUACAAGACUAUCGUCGUCUGACCCAUCGACCAAUCUAUGGGACAUUGGGCUUGAUCACAGUCAACAGCGAGGUCUUCUUAUCUGUCAUUACACAUGCAACACGAGCUGCCACCUUGCGGCCUGGGGAGACUGUCGAGCGCAUAGGUGGAGUGGCUUUUUACUGCUUGAGCAGUGCGGACUACGACGACGUCGUUCCUCUUGAAUCGCUUGAUCCGGAGUUUUCGGACAGUGCAUCAGUGCAGUCUGCCCCUUAUGGACAGGGUCUUGGACGAAGAGAGGUGGCCGUUGAGCACCCGUGCCAUGAGCUGCGCAACCUGCUCAGCAAUGGAACAUUUUACUACAGCACCGAUUUUGAUCUUACGAAUCGACUUCAGGACAGACCAAUUAACUCCAACUCGUUCGAGAUUGAUAAUUUUGACGAUGGAUUCCUCUGGAACUCUUUCAUGAUCAGUCCUCUCGUCCAGUUUCGCUCUCGGCUUUUGCCCCAUGAAAGAACAGCCCUUGAUUCUUCACGGAUACUUACCUCAGCGAUUCGGGGCUUUUGUAAGACAAUGACCAUUCCGCUGAGCUCUUCACCCCUGAAGAAUGUCAAGUCCGGCAUGCCCUCGUUUAUGACCCUCAUAUCGCGCCUGUCUUGUCGCAGGGCUGGAACUCGUUUCAAUUCACGAGGUAUUGACGAUGACGGGCAUGUUGCUAAUUUUGUCGAGACGGAAACAACUUUCUGGAGCCCAGCAGGAACAAUGUUCUCAUACGCUCAAGUGCGCGGGUCGGUACCUGUGUUCUGGGAGCAGGCAGCCGACCUUAUUCCAGGUCGACAGAAAAUCACGGUUACCAGGUCUCCCGACGGAACACAGCCCGCCUUCAACAAGCAUUUUGAGGACCUCGAGCAAUCGUAUGGAGCCGUCCAUGUCAUCAACCUUCUUAGUGAGACCAAGCCUGGUGAGGUCGAGCUUAGCACACUUUACCAUAACGGUAUCCAACACUGCCCUUUAAGUCGCGCAGGACAGAAUGGAUCUUCGGACCAUGCCCUCUUGCGGGAGACAAAUUACGACUUUCACGCAGAAACAAAGGGGCCUGCGGGAUAUGAGGCUGCUCGAGAUAUUCGCCGUUAUAUCGAGAACUCUACCGAUGGUUUUGCAUACUUUCUAGCAGAGGAGUCGAAUGAGCCGAUUUAUGGCCAAGAUGGAUCCGGACAUGCCCGUAUGGUGGUUGUGCUUCAGCAAGAGGGUGUAUUCCGAACCAAUUGUCUGGAUUGUCUGGAUCGAACCAACCUCAUCCAGACGAUGAUCUCACAGAUGGCGGUUGAGGCUUUUCUAGGACACAGGGGUGAAUUUGCUGCCUCUGAUUUCUGGAUGAGACAUUCCAGUCUCUGGGCAGACAACGGUGAUUCGUUAUCCAAGACAUAUGCCGGUACGGGGGCACUCAAGUCGUCCUUCACACGCCAUGGCAAGAUGUCUCUUGCUGGUGCUGUUGCCGAUGUGCGCAAGUCUGUGCAACGUAUCUACCACAACAACUUUCUCGACCCCUCUCGCCAAAUAACUAUCGACAUGCUUCUAGGUCGUCUUGUCGGGCAGGCACCAGUCCUGUUAUUUGACCCUAUCAGCGAUUUUGUGUCAACUGAAUUAGCCAAGAGAAGUGGUGAAUUUACCUCCUUUAAUAGCAUCACCAUAUGGGUUGGGACAUUCAAUCUCAACGGCCGUACUGAGGGUGCUGACGACGAUCUCGGUCCUUGGUUGUUUCCAGAAACUCUGGGCAAAGCUCAGCCAGAUAUUUACGUGGUCGGGUUCCAGGAGAUCGUGGAGCUAAGUCCACAGCAGAUCAUGAACAGCGAUCCGUCGCGAAAGAAUCUGUGGGAACAAGCUGUGAAGCGCAACCUCAACGAACGACAGAAGCGACUGGGUGGUGAGAGGUAUGUGUUGCUUCGAAGUGGCCAACUCGUUGGUGCAGCACUAUGUAUCUUUGUGAAGACACCUAGUCUGGCCAACAUUAAGAACGUCGAAGGCAGCGUGAAAAAGACGGGCAUGUCUGGCAUGGCUGGAAACAAGGGCGCAGUUGCGAUCCGCUUCGACUAUGCCAACACUCACAUAUGCUUUGUCACGGCACAUUUGGCUGCCGGUUUUUCAAACUAUGACGAGCGUAACCGUGACUAUGCUACAAUCCAUCACGGUUUGCGCUUCCAAAGGAAUCGUGGAAUCGAUGACCAUGACGCUAUUAUCUGGCUGGGUGAUUUCAACUACCGUAUCGGCCUUAACUCGGAGACUGCACGCGCGCUCAUAAAGAGGCAUGAUUUCGAGACGCUGUAUGAGAACGAUCAGCUUAAUCUCCAGAUGGUGGCUGGCCUGUCGUUCCCAUUCUACUCCGAAGCUCGCAUCACAUUCCCGCCUACGUACAAGUUUGACCUUGGAACUGACAACUAUGACACAUCUGAGAAAGCUCGCAUUCCUGCGUGGACCGAUCGCAUUCUCCGGAAAGGUUCUAACCUCCGGCAACUGUUGUACAACUCGGCACCUCUCAGAUUUUCUGAUCAUCGGCCAGUUCACGCAGCCUUUGAGUGCCGGGUGAGUGUUGUCGAUGAGCAACUGCGGGAAUCGAUCAGCAAGGAGUUGUAUCAGCGCCGAAAGGUCGACGUAGGAGAUGCAACAGCUCAUCUUGGUACUGGCGAGGACAGCGAUGAUGAAGAUCUGAUUGGGUAUGAUUCUAUCGAGCCCGGGCUGCCUCCUGCGAGCUCUGAUCGCCAGAAAUGGUGGCUCGAUAACAAGCAGCCCGCUCGUGCGGCUGUACCUGUGCCUAAGCCCAGGAAUGGGCAGACUAUUGGACUCAACCCGAAUCGUCCUUCGAACCCUUUCGGUAUCACGGAAGAGCCAGACUGGAUCUCUAUCCCAAGAUCAUCGUCAAAGGCAUCGUUGUCCAGCAUGUCAAGUUCACCGUUUGAAAAGGUCAACUUACCCAACGUCAUGGCGUCGGCGUCGGCAUCGACGUCGAGUGUCCCGCCUCGAAAGCUACCUCCCCCUUACGAUCCAUCCGCAUUGCUAUCAAAGGUCGGGCAUAUGAAUCUUAUGGAUGACCACACUCCUAUGGGUCAGGCGGAAACUCCACCUCCCCCUCCCCCUCCGCGUCGAGGAACUUCAACUGUUGGGCCAAAGGGACAGGCGACACCAGGCAACGGUUUCAGUAUUAGCAGAGUCCAGACACAUCCGCUGCCGCCACCCCUGAGGCCGACAUCAGCAGCUUCAUAUACUUCAUAUACGUCACAGUUCUCACAAAAUGGCAAGGCCGGUAAACCAGCGCCGCCAGUCGCAAAGAAACCAGCACAUUUAGCUACAACAUCGCCUCAUUCGAGCCCAGCACUGAGCCAGGGAACCCUUGAUGAUGACUUUAGACCCCCGUUACCGUCAAGAGCUAAUACCGGAUGUCUAUCGGGAAGUCCUCACGCACAAGGUCUUGGGGCCGCCACACGGAAGCCUGUGGGCCCGCCGAACCCUGGGAAGAACGGGGCAGCCGGAGCGGUCGGGCUGCCCGGUAUGACUGGUGGAGUGCCGUCACGGCGCCCAGCGCCCCCCGUGCAGCCGAAGCCGCAAUUGCAGCAUCCUCAGCAAGCGCAGAAUCAGCAUCAACGGCAGGGAUCCGUAGAUCUACUGGGCUCGUUGGGUGAUGGUCAAGAUGUAGGAGGAUGGGAUACUUUGAAGCCGAGCACAAGAGCUUAG